CAAACACGGUAACCCAAGCAACAUGACAGCAAGAGCAAAUUAUAAACAAACAACAAAAGAAAAAAACAAAACAUCUACAACUUGAAACUAGUUAAGCAAAAGAAAAUAGUUGUUUUCGAACUUUUUUAGAAAUGUUUAAAUAAAAUUAAAUACAACCAACCAACUUAAUAGACAAAAUGAGAGGUGUUCUAAAAUGGGUUGAGAAGAUAAACCUUCCAAACACCAAAGAUGAUGAUGUUAGUGUCCAUGCAGUAUGCUAUCAUCCGGAAGGUCAUCAUUUGGUUGUUGCAGCUGGAGACCGUGUUCUAAUAUACGAUCCAAUUGAUGGAAGUGUAUUAAAUACCCUCAAAGCUCACAAGGACACAGUUCACUGUAUUGCAUAUGCAAAAGAUGGGAAAAAAUUCGCCAGCGGUGGAGCAGAUAAAUGUGUUAUUAUAUGGACAAAUAAGCUGGAGGGUCUUUUGAAGUAUUCACAUAGUGACACCAUUCAGUGCCUUUCAUUCAACCCAGUAUCUCACCAUUUGGCUUCAUGUUCCACCUCGGACUUUGCCUAUUGGUCAUCAGAACAGAAGGCGGUUCAAAAAAACAAAGUUUCAUCGCGCAUCAAUUCCUGCGCCUGGACUAAUGAUGGACAAUAUUUGGUACUUGGUUUGACCAAUGGAACAAUAUCCAUAAGAAACAAGUCUGGCGAAGAAAAAUCUCGCAUUGAACGUCCUGGUGGAUCAAAUAGUGCAAUAUUUGGUCUUCAAUGUAGUCCAUUAGCAAAUUCCAAUAACAUAGACACAAUUGCUGUUGCCGAUUGGAAUCAAACUUUAUCAUUUCAUACACUCGGUGGUCAGAUGAUUGGCAAAGAACGUCCUUUAGGAUUUGAUCCACUUUGUCUGACAUAUUUUCCUAAUGGAGAAAAUCUUAUUGUCAGCGGAUGCUGUCGUUCACUGCAAAUAUUCACUAAAGAAGGCAUUCGAUUGGGAACUCUGGGAGAUGCAUUUGAUUCAUGGGUUUGGUCUGUUGCCUUACAUCCAAGUGGAUUUGCGUAUGCAGUUGGAUGUCAGGACGGAACAUUGGCUUGUUACACUAUCGCAUCGAGUACAGUUCAUGCAUUGUAUCGUGAUCGUUAUGCAUUUCGUGAGAAUAUGUGUGACGUCAUCAUACAACAUUUGAUAUCAAAUUCAAAAGUUCGCAUUAAAUGUCGAGAUUUAGUGCAAAAAAUUGCAAUUUAUCGCAAUAGAUUAGCUGUACAAUUGCCUGAAAGAAUUGUUCUAUAUGAGUUGAGCUCGGGUGAGGAUCAACCGAUGCACUAUAAGGUCAAAGAAAAGAUCCAAAAACGUUUUGAGUGCAGUCUGUUGGUUGUAUGCGCUCGUCAUAUAGUCUUGUGUCAAGAGAAACGACUUCAAAGUCUUGAUUUCGAUGGGAUUCUCCAGAGAGAAUGGCUUAUGGAUAGUUUUAUUAGGUACAUUAAGGUGACUGGAGGUCCAGUUGGACGAGAAGGACUUGUUAUAGGUCUUAAAAGUGGACAGGUUUUUAGAAUAUUCCUUGACAAUGCUUUGCCAAUCUUGAUAACGACUGUAAUGUCGGCAGUUCGUUGUUUAGAUUUGAAUGCUGCACGAAGCCGUAUUGCUGUGGUGGAUGAUGCUGGACGAUUGGUUGUUCGGGAUGUGGUUAACGACACUAUGCUUUAUCAGGAUUCUGGAGUCAAUUCUGUUGCUUGGAACACCCAUUUAGACACGAUGCUUUGUUACACCCAUACCACAGGGGGUCUUAGUGUUCGAGUUGGUAGUUUACCACCCCGCAGUCCACAGAAUAUGAUCGGUGUCGUUGUCGGAUUGUGUGGAGCAACAGCAUUUUGUUUGCGGGGCAAUUUAAUGCAUAACAUUCCAUUGGCUCUGGGUGCCACAAUGUGGCAAUUCAUUGAAGCAGGAUUUUUCGAAGAAGCAUAUCAAGUUGCAUGUCUGGGAGUGACAACAGCUGAUUGGGAGAGUUUAGCCCAGGCAGCUCUAGAAUCUCUGCAUCUUAAUAUAGCCAAAGAUGCCUAUGUUAAAGUACGAAAUCUCCCGUGGUUGCAAUUGAUUCAUGGUCUAAUGGAGAAACAAAAGCGUUCGGAAGUUCCCAAAGAAGUCUUGCAGGCAGAGAAUUUCGCAUUUGCUGGUAAAUUUCGAGAAGCUGCUCGACUUUAUCAGAAAUGUGGACAAAACGAUCGUGCAUUAACCAUGUACAGCGAUCUGAGAAUGUUUGAUUUAGCUCAAGAGUUUCUGAAAGAAGGCGACGAAGAAGCUAAGCGAGAGUUAAUACGAAAACGUGCUGAAUGGGCUUGCUCAGUGCAUGAGCCUAGAGCUGCAGCUGAAUUACUUUUAUCGGCUGGAGAAAAUGAAAGAGCAAUAGAGAUUGUUUCACAACAGGGAUGGGCUGAUGUACUUUACGACAUUGGCCGGAGAUUGAGUUUGAAUGAAAGAAGUUCCUUAGAACUUGUGGCUUCACAUUUGAAACGUCUGAAAGCUUUACCCUUAGCUGCAGAAGUUUACAAGAAGUUAGGAGAGGAAUCACAAGUUAUACAGUUGCAUGUUGAAGCUAGAGAUUGGUAUGAGGCCUUUCGAUUGGCCGAAAGUGUACCUGAAAUAUUGCCAACAGUGCAUUUUCAACAUGCACAGUGGCUGGCAGAGUCUGAUCAGUUUAUAGAAGCUCAUGAGGCCUACCUGAAGGCUGGUAAAAGUAAAGAUGCGAAUCGUCUUUUAAAAAGUCUAAGUUCAUCGGCUAUUGCAGAGGAACGUUACUUAGAUGCAAGCUAUUUCUAUUGGUUGAUGGCGAAGCAAUUUUUAGAUGUUUACAUCUCAAAAGAGGAACAAUCUCCAAUGGAUCAUCAUUUUAAAGAGUACAAAAACCACAUGCGUAUUGCGAAAAUCUACUUUGCUUACAGUAUUAUACAUAGUUACCUUAAAGAACCGUUUACAAGUUAUUCCCCAGUGAGUUUGUUCAAUGUCAGUCGAUAUAUUGCAAAUGAAGUUGAACAUAAAGGAGCUCCAAAGGGCAUAAGCAUGUUUGCGCUUUACUAUACGCUAUCGAAGCAGGCUAAACUUUUGGAGGCUAAUAAAUUAUGUCUACAAGUUAACAAGAAACUGCAGACAUUAAAACCUCCUUCUGGAGUUCAGGAACAGAUUGAUAUUAACUAUUUAAAUAGUAAAGCUUGUAAAGGUGGAUUUAACGAUCCUGAAGAACUACUGCCACUAUGCUACAAAUGUUCCAACUAUAGUGCUCAUUUAAAUGGCAAUAGUUGUCCAUCAUGUAAACAAGAUUAUAUAUUUUCUUUUGUGUCUUUUGAAAUUUUACCAUUGGUGGAAUUUCAUCCGGAGAUUGACAUUACUGACACUGAAGCUGAGAGACUUCUUUUAGCUCCACCUAAAUCACCUGACGAUAAUGAUCCUUUUUCUGAAGAUGUUGCCGGUGCCUUACCAUUAAGCCUUGAUCGAAAUGCUCUUAGAGCAAUGGAUCCAAAUCAUAUUCUUGUUGUUAAGCGACGUGAAAAACAAAUGAAAAAUAUUUUUUAUAGAAAUAUUUUACCAGAUCUGCAGGUUACAUUUUGCCCAGAAUGUUUAUUGCUAUUUUAUGCUGAAGAUUUUGAACUACAAGUACUGCAGAAAGGUCACUGUCCAUUUUGUCGAACACCAUCUGAGAAACUUUUUGAAAGUUAUUAGAUUAAGAAUAUUCUUUUGCAAUGUAUGUAUGUAUUUGUAUUUAUUAUAAACUUUUAUUGAAAUUAAAAGAAUUGAAACAAAAAGACAGAAAA